AUGGCGGCAGAAGAGUUCCAGGAGUCCGACGUGUUCUUCUCCGGCGACCACCGGGAAGUCGCAGAUCUGCACCACAAUCACCAUCAUAAUCAUCGUCAUCGGCGGCAGCGGUCGAGGAACAACAAGAAGCAGAAGAAAUCGGGCGGCGGCGUGCCGGUAGACAUUCCGACGAACGUGUUCCGGUUCGGAGAUUCCGAUGAAUACGAGGAGGACGAGGAGGAGGAGGAGGAAGGAUCGAUUAUCCCGCCACACGUUAUCCUGGCUCGGAGGGUGGCCGGAAAAAUGGCGUUCUCGGUGUGCACGGGGAACGGGCGGACGUUGAAGGGGAGGGAUUUGAGCCAGGUCAGGAACUCCAUUCUUCGGAUGACUGGCUUUCUCGAAACUUAA